GCCAUUCUAAACCCGGCCACUCUGCUUCCCAAUUCGGGGAAGGAAGUGCUUCAUACCUGCCAGGAAAUCCUGGCUGAGGAGACAGGCACCCGCCAGGACUUGCAAGAUCAGCCCUUAGGAGGACCGGGACUCCUGACUUGGUAUACGGACUGGAGCAGUUACAUCAUGGAUGGUAAGAGAAUGGCUGGAGCUGCAGUAGUAGAUGAUGACCGGAUUAUAAGGGCCAGUGGACUCCCAACGGGCACCUCUGCACAGCGAGCAGAACUCAUCGCCCUGACUCAGGCCCUAAGGAUGGCAGAAGGUAAGAGACUUAACGUCUACACUGACAGCAGAUACGCCUUUGCCACUGCUCAUAUACACGGGGCUAUUUAUAGACAGAGAGGGCUGUUAACUUCUGCCAGGAAAGAUGUUAAAAACAAACAAGAGAUUUUAGAUUUGCUAGAAGCCAUCCAUAGGCCUAAGGAAGUAGCAAUAAUACAUUGCCCUGGACAUCAGAAAGAUGACUCUCCAAUAGCUCGAGGAAACCGGAGGGCAGACCAAGCCGCAAAGCAAGCGGCUCAGGGAAUGAACAUUUUGCCCCUCCAAGUAUGUCCGGAAGCCACCCACAUUAAGAGCUUCCAGUAUACACCUGAAGAUCUCGUUUGUAUAAACAAAUUAGGGUUCAAAAAUUUCUCGCCCCAAGAGAUAUACAAGUCUGAAGAAGGGAAAGUUGUCCUGCCCCAAAGAGAGGCAGAGGAAUACUUAAGGCAAUUACAUCAAUUGACACAUCUGGGAGCAAAAAAUCUAAAAACCUUGGUUCGAGACUCCCCUUAUCAUGUUAUUGGAUUAGGAAAAUUGGCUGACGAGGUUGUAAAAAAUUGUGUACCCUGUCAAUUAGUAAACGUAAGCAAAAAUCAAGCAAUAUCUGGAAAAAGACUUCAAGGAGAUCGCCCAGGAGCUUAUUGGGAAGUUGACUUCACUGAAAUUAAGCCUGCUAAGUAUGGAUAUAAGUACCUUCUAGUUUUCCUAGACAUAUUUUCAGGAUGGACAGAGGCAUUCCCCACAAAAACUGAGACAGCCCAGACGGUGUCUAAAAAGAUCCUUGAAGAGAUAUUUCCCAGAUUUGGGAUCCCAAAGGUAAUCGGCUCCGACAACGGCCCUGCCUUUGUUGCCCAGGUUACGAGCCUUGGAGGCUGUGCAGAAAGAGGUGUGGGCCUCCAUCAAGGAAGCCUAUCGGCCAGAGGACCUCUCAGUGCCUCACCAGUUCCAGGUGGGAGACCCCGUCUACGUGAGAAGGCACCAGACAGGAAACCUCGAGCCACGGUGGAAGGGACCUUUCAUCGUCCUCCCGAAUACUCCCACAGCUGUGAAAGUGGACGGCGUCUCUUCCUGGAUACACGCUUCACAUCUAAAGAAGGCACCCCCGUCGGACUCGGACUGGCGAGUAACUCGGACUGAUAAUCCUCUUAAGCUUCGCUUGUGUAAAAGGAACUAUGUUGUUAGUAAUUCUAAUGCUCCU